CACAGAUCGUGUAAUUCUACUCACAACCAAGAUAUAAUAUCUACCACGUAACCAAACCAUGCUCAUCGGACUUUGCGGAGGUAUUUGUGCGGGCAAGUCUUCUAUUGCCUCGUACCUCGUGGAACAACAUCAGUUUACUCGCAUUGCCCUGGCACGCAGCACCUCGACUCCCGAAGUCGAGAAAUCGGCUUCUCAUACCCCUGUUCCCUCCGUAGCAACGAGCUCGGUCAGCCCUGAGCAUACCUUCAACAACGUCGAUGCCUUGUUAGAUUUCGUCACGCUCCGCUGGCGAGAACGAUGGGUUACAACAGAUAUAUGGGACGAGCAAGUUGUAGAUGCGCUCCUUCGACGGCCAUUCUUUUUGUUGGUUAGUGUGGAUGCGCCAGUGAGCAUACGGUGGCAGAGAUUCAAGGACCAAUGUGCCGUGAACAAGCUCACCCCACCUGCGCUGGAGGAAUUUGUACUGCGGAACGAUGAGCAUUUGUAUGCCCCUAAAACUGGCUUAGGUGCACUGUUCCAGCGCGCUCAACUAAAGCUCCUCAACUCUACCACUUCGAAAGACACCCUACAUGCCGCGCUCAAAUCGCUCAAUUUGACCAACGAGGCACGCUUGCGGCCAAGCUGGGACCAAUAUUUCAUGCAACUUGCCGACCUUGCUGCCCACAGAUGUAAUUGCAUGAAGAGGCGUGUUGGAUGCGUCAUUGUGCGGGAGAAGCGCGUUAUCAGUACGGGUUACAAUGGCACACCCAGGGGCAUGACAAACUGCAACGAGGGUGGAUGCCCACGCUGCAACAAUGCAUCGAAAGGUGGCGCUGACCUCGCGACAUGCCUUUGCCUUCACGCCGAAGAAAAUGCUCUGCUCGAAGCUGGUCGUGAUCGCAUCGGCGAGACUGCGAUCUUGUACUGUAACACGUGCCCUUGCCUGACUUGUAGUGUGAAGAUCACACAAGUCGGUAUAAGCGAAGUCGUCUACAACCAGGGUUAUCUGGUAGAUACCCAAACGGCGGCGAUCUUCAAAGAGAGUGGUGUUCGUCUGCGACAAUUCUCUCCUCCUAGGGAAGGUAUUGUCGAUUUGUCCACCUUUCAGGCAGACAGCACGAAAAUGGAGGGAACCACUGAACAAUCGGAUAUUCGCGACAUACUCGACGAUGCCAAUUUUGUUCGACCAGUUAACUAACUAUGAACCACACAUAAAUAUAAAAUCAUAGGCCUCCACAACCGAACCCUUUUCGACUCGAAAUUACUAUCCCAAGCUGAGACUGCAUGAUUGCCUAUUGGGCUUUUGAGGGCAUUGCCAUAUGUUCGACAUAAUGAUAAGAUAAACAAGGGAACGGCCCGGCCCGCUAAUUAUAUAUGGACGGGUCAUUGUUAUAUGUUCAACUUGUAGUGAUGAACUUGCUUCGUG